AGGGAUCCCACCCCUUCUCUGUGUUUUCACUCUGAAGCCCUAUACAACUUUACACCUGAAUGAACGCCAAACCUCUGUGGAUAUAUAAAGGGAACCUUGAGGAGGAAUUUCACAGCUACAGUGCAGAAGCAGAGGGACAGGAACAAACCAGCUCUCCAGUCAAGCAGAUCCUCUACUCACCAUGCUUCCUCCUGCCAUUCAUUUCUAUCUCAUUCCCCUUGCAUGCAUCCUAAUGAAAAGCUGUUUGGCUUUUAAAAAUGAUGCCACAGAAAUCCUUUAUUCACAUGUAGUUAAACCUGUUCCAGUACACCCCAGCAGCAACAGCACGUUGAAUCAAGCCAGAAAUGGAGGCAGGCAUUUCAGUAACACUGGACUGGAUCGAAACAGUCGGGUUCAAGUAGGUUGCCGGGAGCUUCGUUCCACCAAAUACAUCUCUGAUGGCCAGUGCACCAGUAUCAGCCCUCUGAAGGAGCUGGUAUGUGCUGGUGAGUGCUUGCCUCUGCCAGUGCUUCCUAACUGGAUUGGAGGAGGGUAUGGAACAAAAUACUGGAGCAGGAGGAGCUCCCAGGAGUGGAGGUGUGUUAAUGACAAAACACGCACCCAGAGAAUCCAGCUGCAAUGUCAAGAUGGCAGCACACGCACCUACAAAAUCACUGUGGUCACUGCCUGCAAAUGCAAGAGGUACACCCGGCAGCACAAUGAGUCCAGUCACAACUUUGAGAGUGUGUCGCCUGCCAAACCAGCCCAGCAUCACAGAGAGCGGAAAAGAGCAAGCAAAUCCAGCAAGCACAGCAUGAGUUAGAACUCAUACUCUCAGACUGAACUGCCUAGGAACCAUCUGCUUUACAGAUUUGAUUGCUUGGAAGACUCAAGCCUGCCAUUGCUAUUUUCUCACUCGAAAGUAUAUGCUUUCUGCUUUGAUAGAGCCCAGAAAACUGUCCUAAGUAUCAGGACCUUCUCUGGGAAUUGCUUUUCCUUUUCAAGUUCUUCAAGAUAUAUGUAUGUUCAUGAGUGCAAUUUGCAUUUAAAUCCCACACAUCCUGUAGUUUUAAUUCCCCAUACUUUUUAAAACUAUUGACACAAUAUACACCCCUAAACCCGAAUCAUUAUAUCCUAAAAGUGAAAAAAGGCUCUUUCACUCUCCAUUCCCUAACCUAUCUCUACCCUUUCCAAACAAAAAUCCCUUCAAAACAGAAAAGUUUUUUUUUUUUUUUAAGUUGUUGCCAUGAAUCUUCCCAGUAACAUUUCAGAAAGGUGCUUUUUUAGUAAUUUUCAGGGGAACAAUUUAGCAGGCAGAAGAGAUUUUCUUUUGAAAGAAAGAGAAAGAACUUGUGACAUUUCACUUCAAAAAUAAGCCCUCUAGCUUUUUACAGUCUCAUAGUAUGAAAUUAUACCUUGCAUGCUGACCCUCGCUUGGAAUGGAAUGCCAGAAAUGCAUGGCAGCAGCUAAUAAGUAAAGCUGAUUAACUAUUUAUUUGUCAAUGUUAUUAUUUAAUGAGCUCUCACAUGUGAUUUUUUUCAAAAUGUUAAUUUUUUUAUGUUUUAAAGCUUUUUCAUGUACCUAAAUAUUUUCCUAUAUGAUUUGUGGUUGAUCUAGAUAUAUGAAAUUACAUGUAGAUAUGUAAAAUAAAUAUUUUAGUCUCCUUAUUACAUAUGUGUUUCAUCAUGAACUUUAUCAAACAUGGAUCUUUGAAAUCACUAAGAUGCUUUGUAAAAUUGAAAUAUGUAGUACUUUAGUCUGUGCAAUCAGAAGGUGAAUUGACCUUCAAUUCUAUUAGUUUCUUUUAACAAAAAUAAACACUGCCAAAAGUUA